AAUACUGUAGCUCUAUUUACUUUUCUACUUACUAUUAAUUGUUCAGUAGUUUAAAAAUUAUAUCUGAAGUUGCUGUUAAUUGCAUUGCUUUCAGAGAACUCUUGUGGUUAUUUUAAGAAGUAUAGAAUAUUUGAAAUUAAGCAAGUUUUUACAAUUUGUGUGGUAGCGUUAUGCCAUAUAUUAGUGUUUAAUUUAUGUAUUAUACUGAACAAAGUUUAUUAAUUAUAUCCUUUUUACAAAACAAGAAAUAUUAUGCGACUUAAAUAAUGGAUUUAGAAACAUCAUUGGUUGAACGUUUACAAAAACUAAGACAAUGGCAGAUUGAACAGCAGGAACGUCUUACAAGACAACAACAGGAACAGCGGCAGAAAUUGACUCAGGAACAAUUACGCAUGUAUGAAGUUUUAAGACUACCUAUUCAGGAAAUAGGAUUUGAUAAUAGAAUAUUGUGUGAAAAUAGUUGGUACGAAGAUGCACAUUUAAGUGCGAAUACAACUGAUCAUGCAGAUGAUUGUAAACAAGAACAAAUUGAUAAAGAUGUGAAAAAAAUAAUUCAAGAACAAUCUACAAAUGAUAAUAAUAACAUAAAUAAGUCUGAUUAUAUAUCUUUAUUUACUAAUUCAAAUAUAAGUACCAUUGAUGAAUCUUUUCAAGAAGAAAAGUCUCUAACUGAAUUAAAAAAAUCUUCAAAUGAUGUUGGCAAACAAACCUUAAGUAAACCGAAAUAUCAAGAAGAAAAUGAAAAAGAUAAUGCCAAAAAUGAUUGUAAUUCAAAUAAUGAAAAUAUAUAUAUAACAUCCCAAAAAAAGAAAAUUCAUCUAAUAGACCAUUUAUUAGAAGGAAUAGAACCAUUACCACCUGAUAAACCUGUAAAUAAAAGUUUUCUUAUUGACGAUAUUCCAGUGCCAUCUCCAAAGAAAGACUUUAAAACUCUGCUAGAAGAAAAGUUGAAAGAGUAUAAGCCAAUAUUUAACAAAGAAUCAAAUGAUAAAAUACAAAAUCAAAUUAAAAGACCAUUUUUAAAAAAAGGACAAGGCCUAGCUAGAUUCAGAAUGAUUCAAACUUCAAAAAACAUUCCAGUUAAUGUAAAAUCUUGCGCUAUUCCUGUAUCAAUUAAACAAAUUGCUAAGAAACAAAUUAAUCCUACAAAUAAUAAAAAUGAUAAUACAAAAAAUAAGCCUAAGUUAUCUAAAAAUGUGCCUUCAAGGAAGUGCAUUGCUGCUAUUAAUGUGGUACAACAACAGUUAAAUUUAAAGAACGUUCCUCCUCCAAAAAAAAUUUAUUCUGAAAAAAACGAAGCUGUAUUAGCAAAUAUCGAAUCAAGUAUAAAUUCAAAUAUUAUUGAAAUAAAUAGUUCUGAUAUUGAUUUGAAAACACAAAGAGAAAUGGAAGAAAUAAGAAUAUUUGAACUUUUAGAAGAAAAAGCAGAAAAUUCUAGUUUGUGUUCAACCUCAAGUACUGUAGUUGCAUUUCUACAACAAUCAACGCCUUUCAAAAUAAGGCAAAAAAUUCGGGAUACAGAAGAUAAUAUAAAUAAUCCAAUACAACAAGAUAUUGUUCAUAAAAUUAGUCCUAGAAGACUUCAAUUGACUGAUACUCAAUCAAUACCAUCAAAUCAAAAGACUGAAUCUGAUGUUAAUUCUUUCUGGGAAACCAUACCUAUAAAAAACCCAAAUGAAAUUCUAGAGAAUAAUCAAAUAUUAAAAAAACAAAAUACAUCUAAUGUAUUAAAAAAUGAAAAAUCUGAUCAAAUGUUCAUUCAAAAUCAUAUAGAACAUAUACACGAUGAAAUAAACUGCGACAUUCAAAAUUCUGUAUAUUCUAACGAAAUAGAUGUAGGUUUACAUGUCAGAUUUUCUGAAUAUAAUGAGUAUAAAACUAUUGGCUUAACUGACAAUUCCAGCAUAUCUAGUACUGAAUCUCUGUCACAAAAAGAUUAUAACGAUGAAAGAGCUUGGAGUGAUUGCAGUGAAUUAUCUGAUUCCUCUGAUACAAAUGUACAAUUAAUAAAAUCCAGAACAUUCAAGACAAAUGAAGUUGCAAAUGAAGCUUGUGAUUUUACCAAUACAUAUACAAAUAAGAUUAUGAAAGAGGAAAUAGAUCAACAUGAGAUAAAAAAAACGCAAGAAACAAUUUUCAAAUCUGAACUUUUAAAAAAUCGUUUAUUAGAAUUAGAAAAAGAAAUUGAUAUUUUUCGCAAAGAAAAUGCAGCUUUGUCUUCACAACGUCAUAAAUUGCAAGAAGAUUAUCGAUGUUUUCUGAAAGAAAUAAAAGAAAAAAAAUUAAUUUUAGAAGACAAUAAAAAGAGAAUAGAUUGCUUAGAAGAGGAAAAAAGAAAAUUGAUACGUGAAAAAACCGUACUUGAAUCAAGAUUACGUGAUUCUCAAGAAAAGGCUCAUCAAAAUAAACUGGAAAGACAACAAAUUCAGGACUUAAAAGAGCAGUUAGAAAAAUUACAAAUUGAACUUAGGAGCAAAGAAAGUAAAUGGAAUGCAGCACAAGCUAGACAUAGAAGUCAAAUGAGAAUAUUAAAAAUGGAAAAUAUAAAAUUAAAGGAAGAAGUAGAACGCUUAAUAAAAACAAAAACAUAUAAUCCUAAAACUACAAAAAGUAUAGGUACAUUUUCAAAUACAAAAGCUUUACAUCAAAUUAAUAAACAGCUUAGUGAAGAAAUGAAAGAAGUCAUAAAAAAUGAUUCUUCAUUAGAAGAUGAUGAUAAAAUGUCGAAAACAAUGUUAGAUGCCAUAAAUUUAGAACAUGAAUAUGUAAAAAGUGAUUAUGAAAUAGAUAGUCAUAGUAAUGAAGAUCAUAAUCGUAAUAGUAAUAAAAGUAAUAUCAACAUUUCUAAAGAGUAUGAACAAUGUAUGCAAAAUAUUAUUAAGAAACGUAAUCUGUAUGAAAAUUUAUUGAAGAAUGCUACAUCAAGUUCCAUUGAAGUUUCAAAUGUAAUAAAAGCAUCAGAAUUGAAUAAAUUAAAAUGUGAAGCAAAUGGUAGUAGAAAGAAUCAAAAUAAAAAAGAAAAUGGAAAUAGUAAGUCACAAAUUGAUAAAGAUACGUGUAUGGAUGAAAAAGAUAAAGUUACUCUAAAUUAUGAAAACGAUGAUGAUAUAAUAAAAAUUUCUCAAAAAUUACCAUUAACUUCUAUCUCAUCUAAAGAAUUAUUACAUGCAUACAAGAGAACUAUUUCUCCAAAAGAGUUUAAAACUAAUGAACAAGUACAAUGUAUUGAACAUCCUAAUGGAUGUACUGAACUGUGGUAUCCCAAUGGUAAUGUUAAAAAAAUUUUUCCUGACAAAAGUAUAACAAAAAUGUUAUAUUACAAUGGUGAUGUUCGUGAAACACAAAAAGAUGGAAAAGUAAAAUAUUUUUAUGCUUCAACACGGACAUGGCAUACAACAAUGCCCGAUGGUCUUGAAAUUUUAGAAUUUCCGAAUGGUCAAGUGGAAAAGCGUUCACAAAAUGGCAUGGUUGAAAUAUCAUUUCCAGAUGGUUCGAUGCAAAUAAUUAAAGUAGAUGGAUAUGAAAAAUGGAAAUUGCCAGAUGGAACAAUUGCAGAAACCUUUGCAAAUGGAGAAAAAGUUGUUAUUCUACCCAAUGGACAACGAGAAAUACAUACAAAAGAUCAUAAAAGACGAGAAUAUCCUGAUGGUACAAUUAAAUUGGUUUAUCCAGAUGGUAUACAAGAGACACGUUAUUCUAAUGGUAGAAUAAGACUUAAAGACCAAGCUGGUAAUCUUCUUAUGGAUUCUCAUUAUUAAAUAAAAAUUUUAUAUUCAUUUAUUGUAAUAAAAUGAUAUAAGCUAAAAAUAUUAAA